CCAACUGCCACGAUAGACAUGGUUUUAGGAGUGAGUUCACAACACAAUGAGCAGGUUUGCAGUGUCUGGGGGAACUAUCAUUACAAGACCUUCGACGGGAACUACUUCCAGCUUCCAGCUUCAUGCAACUACAUCUUGACGUCGCACUGUUCGUCCAGCUAUGAGGACUUUAACAUCCAGCUGAGACAUCAGGUGGAGAACGAUGAACCCACCAUCAGCAAAAUCACCAUGAGGCUUCAGGGGACGAUCAUAGAGCUGACCAAAGGCUCGCUCAGUGUCAACGGGCAAAUAGUCACACUUCCAUUUAGCAGCUCUGAAGUUUUCAUCGAGAAGAGGACAUCUUAUAUUUCAGUCAAGGCUAUUUUGGGGCUAAUGGCAAUGUGGAAUGGAGAUGAUUCGUUCAUGGUCAAGUUGGAUGAAAAAUACAGAAAUCAAACGUGUGGACUUUGUGGAGACUACAACGGAAUCGAGGUUUACAAUGAAUUCAUCAGUGACGGAAAUACGCUGUCCGUGUCUGAUUAUGGGAACCUCUGGAAGCUGGACGGUCCAACAGAAGUCUGCAAGGAAGACACCGUACCUCUUGAAGAAAACUGUGGAGAUGAGAAUUUCUGCCAUGAUAUCUUCUCCAGUUCAGUGUUCAAUGAUUGCAGAGGUCGUGUUUCCAUUGAUUCAUUUGUCCAAGUAUGCAUGGAAGACCUGUGCCAUUGCAACAGCACCUCUGGAUCCUUCUGCCUAUGCAAAACCAUCGGCGAAUAUUCAAGGCAGUGUGUGCAUGCAGGUGGAAAGCCUGAAGAAUGGAGAUCAGAAUAUUUUUGCCCACGUCCGUGCCCAGCAAGCAUGAUCCACCAAGAGUGUGGAAAUCCCUGCACUGACACCUGCACAAACCCUGAAAUAGGACAAGUGUGUGAGCACCACUGCACCGAUGGAUGCUUCUGCCCUCCUGGCACUGUUUUUGACGAUAUACACAAUACCGGCUGUAUCCCACACAGUGAAUGCUCCUGCGUCCUCGGAGGUCAAAUAUUCGCCUCAGGGGAGAAUUACACAAGCAGCUGCAGAGACUGCACGUGUGAACAUGGACAGUGGAACUGUAUCCAGAAAGAUUGCCCACAGUCAUGCUCAGUAGAGGGAGGAUCUCAUAUCACCACUUAUGAUGGAAAAGCCUACACCUUUCAUGGGGACUGCACUUAUGUCCUGUCCAAACAUUGUGCUACUGCUAAACAAUGUAAUGACUGCUAUCAAAUAAAACAUGCAGAAAAGUUAACCCUGUCCAUGUUUUCUUCUUUUCUAAAGCAAUGCUCAGGCACAGAAUUCACAGUUCAAGGAGACCUGGUGAAAUGUGGUGUGACUGAAACUGAAACCUGCUUGAAGUCAGUAACGCUGGCGUUGUUAGAUGGAGCUAAUGUGAUCAAAGUGGAUUCCAGUGGAAAUAUUGAGGUCAACAGAAUAAUUGCCCAGGUUCCACUUUUUACAGCUGAUGUGAGCAUUUUCAAGCCCUCCUCAUUCUACAUUGUCAUUCAGGCCCAUUUGAUUGGGCUUCGUCUAGAGAUCCAGCUUGUCCCGCUCAUGCAACUUUACAUCACAGCCAAUUCCGCGUACCAAGGAGAAACAUGCGGUCUUUGUGGCAAUUUCAACAACAUUGAGGCUGAUGAUUUCACAACCAUUGGUGGACUCAGGGAAGGAACCGCUUUAGAUUUUGCCAACACCUGGAAAACCAGAGCAAGUUGCCCUGAUGUCAAAAGAAACUUUGAGAAUCCUUGCAGUCUUAGCACUGAAAAUGAGCAAUAUGCACAGCACUGGUGUUCCCUGCUCUCAGAUCCCUCAUCAGUGUUUGCCCCCUGCCACUCUGAAAUCAGUCCUGAAGUCUACAAGGCAAAUUGCAUAUAUGACAGCUGCAACUGUGAGAAAAGUGAGGACUGCAUGUGUGCAGCUUUGUCUUCAUACGUUCAUGCAUGUGCUGCCAGAGGGAUUGCUCUUGACGGAUGGAGAGAUGCUGCCUGCUUAACGUACACGCUAACCUGCCCCAGCACCACGGUCUACUCUUAUAAAAUGACCAGCUGUGACCGCACUUGCCGAUCCCUCAGCCAAUCAGACAACACCUGCGCUGUUGACUUCGUGCCAGUAGAUGGCUGUGGCUGUGCAGAAGGAACAUACAUGAACGAGAAUGGUGACUGUGUUGAACCUGCCAGCUGCUCUUGUUAUGAUUCAGGAAAAAUCAUUCCUGCUGGAGAAAGAAUCUCUAAAGAUGGUGGAUCAUGUAUUUGCGAGCAAGGCAGACUGAGCUGUACUGGGGUAUCAAAUGGGGAAGAGUGCCAAGAUCCAAUGACGUUUUUCAACUGCUCCAGUGCUAGCCCUGGAUCCACAGGAUCAGAGUGUCAGAAGAGCUGCAACACAUUAGACAUGGCUUGCAUCAGCACGGAGUGUGUGUCUGGCUGUGUGUGCCCCUCUGGACUGGUGUCUGAUGGAAAAGGUGGCUGUAUCGCUGAAAACCUGUGCCCUUGCUUCCAUAACGGAGUUGCCUACCAACCUGGAGAAAGCAUUAAGACUGACUGUAACACAUGUACUUGCAAGGAUAGACGAUGGAUCUGUACCACAAACCAGUGCAGUGGGACAUGCAGCAUCUAUGGAGAUGGGCAUUAUAAAACGUUUGAUGAGAAAAGAUACGUCUUCAGUGGAAACUGUGAAUACAGCCUUGUUCAGGACUUCUGCAACAACACAACUGGCACUUUUAGAGUCAUUACUGAAAACAUUCCCUGUGGAUCCACCGGCACCACUUGUUCCAAGACUAUCAAGCUGUUUCUUGGCAGCAAUGAGCUUAGACUGACAGAUGGAUCCUACCAAGUUGUUCAUAGAGAUUUAGGAGAGGAGAUUCCCUACCAGAUGCGCACCAUGGGACUUUACUUGGUGAUUGAGGCCAAUAAUGGUCUGACGCUUAUAUGGGACAGAAAAACAACUAUUCACAUCAAACUGAGUCCAGAGUUUAAUGGCCGCGUGUGUGGUCUGUGUGGAAACUACGAUGGAAACGCGAACAAUGACUUCACCACGCGCAGUCAAGCAAUUGCUGUUGAAACCCUGGAUUUUGUAAACAGCUGGAAGCUCUCUAAUUGUCCAGAUGCAACCCUCAUCCAAGAUCCUUGUGUCCAUAAUCCAUAUAGAGGGGCAUGGGCACAGAGGCAGUGUAGCAUCAUUACUAGCAGUGUCUUCUCAACCUGUCAUUCACAGGUGGACCCCUCUCCUUUUUAUGAUGCCUGUGUGAGAGAUGCAUGUGCUUGUGAUAGUGGUGGAGAUUAUGAGUGUUUUUGCACUGCUGUAACAGCCUAUGCAGAAGCAUGUAAUGAGGCUGGAGCCUGCGUUGCUUGGAGAACACCUAAAAUAUGCCCAAUGUUUUGUGAUUAUUACAACCCCCCUGAUGAAUGUGAGUGGCAUUACAAACCUUGUGGAGCACCUUGUAUGCAGACGUGUAGAAACCCCUCUGGACACUGCUCUAGUCAGAUACCAGCACUUGAAGGUUGCUAUCCUAAAUGCCCUCCUGAGCAGCCUAUUUUUGAUGAGGAUAACAUGAAGUGUGUGACACAGGAAGAUUGUGGCUGUUUUGUUGAUAUGUUACAUUAUGAGGUUGGCCAGCAGGUGCCAACCUCAGAGAACUGUCAGUCAUGGUAUGUGUAG